AUGUCAGACACUGCCAGAGAGAGGAGGACCAGGAAGGAGAGCUACGCCAUCUACGUGUACAAGGUGCUGAAGCAGGUCCACCCCGACACCGGUAUCUCGUCCAAGGCCAUGGGCAUCAUGAACUCGUUUGUGAGCGACAUCUUUGAGCGCAUCGCCGGUGAGGCCUCUCGUCUGGCUCACUACAACAAGCGCUCCACCAUCACUUCCAGGGAGAUCCAGACCGCCGUCCGCCUGCUGCUGCCCGGUGAGCUGGCCAAGCACGCUGUGUCUGAGGGCACCAAGGCCGUCACCAAGUACACCAGCUCCAAGUAAACAGUCUUGUUGUCUCUGAGACUAAACCAACGGCUCUUUUAAGAGCCACCCACUUUAUCUGAAGAUCAAUCCUGUUGUCGUGGUGAUACAGUUAUGAAAAACUUACACCAGGCCAAUUCUAUACAUGCCAAAUACGACUUUAAUGGUGUACAGACUCAAUACUCGAUUUCUGUAUUGACACAUUGUU